AUGGUAACCGAUUACUUCACUAAGUGGGUUGAAGCAAAAUCAUACGUUGAAUUAACAACUAAAGAAGUUUGCAAUUUUGUAGAGGAAAAUAUUAUGGCCAGAUUUGGCAUGCCAAAAACGAUCAUAACUGACAAUGGCAUAAUCUUUAUAGCCGACAUGUUUAAGGAGUACAUGGUGAAUCUAAAUAUUCGACUCAAGCAAUCUACGCUAUAUUACCCACAGGUGAAUAGGCAGGCUGAAGCAAGUAAUAAUGUUUUGAUCGGUAUUCUUGAAAAAAUGGCAAGAGAGAGACUUGGUAUGUCGUAUUUGAAGCUAAAUGAAGCACUAUGGGCCUAUCGAACUUCAUUUCGAUUAGCCACCGGAACGACUCUAUACAUGUUAACCUAUGGACAAGAUGCUAUGUUACAGGUCAAGCUAAGUACAAACGCAUUGCGAGUGAUUGGACAAAGUAGUUUGUUCAGUGCCGAAUACAGUCAAGCAAUGAGACAAAAGUUGGAAGACUUGGAAGAAAUUUGGCUUGACGCUUAUAACUUAUUAGUGGCACAUAAGAAGAUUGUCGAGCGAUUGCCAAUCAAAGGGAAAUUUUUAAAGAAAUACUACCCAGUCACUUGGGAGAUGCGAGAAUAA